UCCCACGCCCGCCGCCCAGAUUAGGACGCCGCUGAAGGGGGCGGGGCGAGACGACUGUCAGUUUCUCUGAGUGGACAAUAAAGUUUCAGAAGUUUGAAAAAGGAGGAAAGAAACACCCCACGCCCCUUUGGCUGCUCCGGCGUGGACGCCUGCGGCCCUGCACGGGCAGAUCUCCAGCGACAGUGUGCGGGCGGAGGCGUGGUGGGCGCGCUGGGAUGGGGGUCACCGUGGACGUGCACGAGGUGUUCAAGUAUCCCUUCGAGCAGGUGGUCGCCAGCUUCCUCCGAAAGUAUCCGAACCCCAUGGAUAAAAAUGUCAUCUCUGUAAAAAUUGUGGAGGAGAAAAGAGAUGUGUCGACAGGGAUCGUCUAUAGAAAGAGGAUUGCAGUCUGUCAGAAUGUGGUUCCAGAGAUUUUAAGGAAGCACUCUGGUGAUUGUUGGAAAAAGGUGAACAUUUUAAAGGUACCUAGUAUCCAGUUAGAAGAGGAGUCAUGGUUCGAUCCUCAGGAAAGGAACAUGGCUAUAAGGAGUCACUGCCUUACGUGGACACAGUAUGCAUCCAUGAAGGAAGAGUCUGUUUUCCGGGAAAGUGUGGAAAAUCCGAAUUGGACAGAGUUCAUUCAGAAGGGCAAGAUUUCCAUCACAGGGGUUGGUUUUCUCAACUGCGUUUUGGAAACUUUUGCCAGCACUUUCCUAAGACAGGGCGCCCAAAAGGGGAUUAGAAUAAUGGAGAUGCUGCUAAAGGAACAGUGCGGUGCUCCCGUCAUCGAAUAAAGAAUCACCAGGACGCCGUUGUGUUGACUUCUGCUCGAAAAUCAUUUCUUGGACACAACACAUCCAGAGACAGUGUUCGAAAUACACAUUUUCAGAUUUGGUGUUGGCAGCUUAAAGAAGAGGAGACCUUCCUGCUGGAGCAUGACAUGAUUCACUCCCCUGGAAGCCUGAUUCAGACAGCUAGCAGCUCUCGUGGAGAUGAGGCCUUCUGGCUGAUUCUUAAGGCACCAUCUCUACGAUUUUACCGACGAAGGAAAAAACCCAUAGAAGAUGAUACGAACUCCUCUGCAGGGUGUCUUGCUGAUCACCUGGUGACAGUGUCAGGGCACCAGGGAUGGGCCAGAGGCCGGGGUGGGGAGGGGGGUGUUUGCCUGUCCGUUCUUUGAAUCAUUGCUCACAGGACUCAUGAGAAGAUUCUGGGACGAAUAAAGGAGUUAAACUUAUUCUUCCUUAGAAGAAUAGGUUCAGAGGCCUCUUUGGUCUCAAACAAAUAGGAAUGUACCAGACUGUGUUGAAACUAAGCCACACUGAUAGUGUUGAAAAUUCUCGGAAAUCAGGAGCCUUUGAUUUCCACCCACCGAUUCUACGUAACUGCCAUCAGUGCAGCUUCGAGAUCUAGCACGAGGGCUGUGAUUCGUCCUCUAAAGGCCCUGGAGGUGGGGGAGGCGGACGAGCAUCCUGGCUCCUCCUGACUCCUUCUGGGAUGCGGAGGGCGUCCUAUAACCUCUCUGCUUUUCACUGGGCCAGUGGGGCUAAUCGGGCACAGAUCUUUCUGCUUGUGAUGAUUAAACAAGGUCGGCGUGAAAAGCACUGGUUUGGAGUCAGACAGACUCUGGCCUGACUCCCAGUGCGGUCGCCCGUCAGCUCUGUGAUCAUGUAUGUAAUUUACAAUCUUUCGGACACUCAUUUUGUCACACUGUAAAAGGGGGCUAAAGGAUUAACAUUGCUUUUGAAAUCCUCAGAGGUCAUGCAAUAAAGGACCUAGCGUGGAA